CUCCAGGGCUGUGCAUGAGCAAACUGAUUCUACGUUGAUUAGUCAGAUGAGCCCAAACCCUGUGGUUUCCUAGGUGCUGAAGCUCACGGGUCUCAGGCUAUAAAACCAGGCAGGGAGUUGCUGGAGACCCUAAUUGCAACCCAGGCUGGAAGGGGAUUGGCGAAGCUGAGAACUCCAAGAUGAGCCAGCCCUGCAACCUCUUAAUCCUGCUUACUCUGCUGUCCCCUACUUCCACCCAUGCUGGAGCUUCAUGGAGUGAGAUUGUGGGGGGGCAUGAAGCCAUGCCCCACUCCAGACCCUACAUGGCCUAUCUGAAGAGGACCAACUUUACUUUCUGUGGGGGAUUUCUGGUAAACCCACGCUGGGUGAUGACGGCUGCUCACUGCAAGGGGAACUUGACAGUCAUCUUAGGAGCUCACAAUAUCCAUAAGCAAGAGAACUCCCAGCAAACAUUCGCAGUUCAGAGCUAUCACCCGCACCCCGACUACCAAGAACAUCCUAAAGUCAAUGACAUCCUUUUGCUGAAGCUGAAGGGGACAGCCAAAGUAAAUAAAUACGUCCAUGCCAUUGGCCUGCCCAAGGCCAGAGGAAAGGUUGCCCCGUGGAGCCAGUGCAGCACAGCUGGAUGGGGCCGUAUCGACAUGGGAAAUGCCACCGACAAGCUAUUUGAGACCAACGUCACCAUCCAGCCACCAAAGGAAUGCCACGUUUUUAACCCCGGGAUAAUUAAUGGCAUCAUCUGUGCAGCCAGCAAACACGGGGUGAAGGACUGCAGCCAGGGGGAUGAUGGUGACCCUCUAGUCUGCAAUAGGACAGCAGAAGGAAUCUUCUCCUAUAACUUCGACCACCCUCCUGGUUUUUACACUAGCAUUGCCUUCCACCUUUCCUGGAUUAAGAAAACCAUGAAGUAACAAACAGGAGAAGAAGAGGCUGAACCUUCUCCUGCAUCAUCGGCUACCUUUGAAAGUUAGGCAUUUCCUUGUGCUGCAUUCGGUGGCUUUUUCCCUGCUCUUUUCUGGGGCUCUGAGUGGCAAGUUAGGGCUAAGACAAGAAGUGGUGCCGAUGGAGAGCCCCCCCUGUCCUUGUCACAAAAAAAAAAAAUCCCUCUAGACCAGUGUUUCCCAAACUGUGUUCCACACGAUGGGACUAGGUGUUCCGUGAAAAACGCUUGCCCUUGAUUUGUGUACUUCUUUAUACAUGCUUUCCCCUUAGGAAUUAUUAGUUCAAGUCAUUUUAAAUUUGUAUUUUUGCUUUGUUUAAUAAAAUAAAAUAUAUUUGAGCAUAAAUAACGCAAUUUUUUUACGUGAAAACCAAACGACUACAAAAUAAUAUUAUAAGUGUUCCGUAAUAGGCUAAAAAGUUUUCCGUGGCAAAAAAAAGUUUGGGAAACUCUGCUCUGGACGUACAAACAUCUCCGUACAAUGCUAAGGCUGCAGCUUACACCCCACUGGGAAGGUGGUGCCAACUGGGUUAAGGGAGACAAAGUGCCUAGAUGAGCAUUUUGUCCUGAACCAUUGCUGAUUCCAUCCGUGGCAUCAAUAUUGGGAGCGCUAAGGUAGACAUGGUUGCCCGGGGCCAUCAGCAUUCUUAACCCAGGGGCCUGAUUCUCCCUUGUCCAGCACCUGCUGUCUAAGAUACUUUGGCCCUCAUGACUAUGGCAUCCAAGUGCCUCGCACUCUUCGUAUCAUCCCCAUUGUACGGAAGGGGACCUGAGGACAGAGAGGUUAAAAGUUUUGCCCAAGGUCACACAGCUGGAGCAAGGACUUGACCCCAGGUCUCUCAAGUGCUAGGCCAGUGAUUUUACCACUGAGCCAUCCUGCCUGCCAUUGUUUUGUUCCUACUCUAGGCUGGUGUCAAUGAUCCCACAAGGUGCAGGGCAUGGGAGACUAUAGGGCCUCCCCUCAUGUAAGCCAGCUCUGAGCAGAUCUACAUGACAAAAGGUUAAACGAACACCAGGGGCUUGGGUAGUUGCAAUAUAUGUCGGGUGUGGGGAAUAUUAGCAUAGAGAACCAGACCGGUGGGGGUAAGGGAGUCUAACUGCCGCCUUCAUGCACAUUUCUGAAGUUGGGCCGACGCUCCCAAUUCUGGCAGGAUCUUGUGCCCCUCCCCAGCGAGCCAGGAUUAACGCCUGCACCCACGCAUAACCCCUGCUCUGAUCGCUGCUUCAUUCCUGCCUCGUCGCUGUGUUGCCGGAUUGUCCCGAGCGUGAAAAAUACACUCUCUGCUGCAUUUCA